AGAGCAGGAGGAGGAGGAGGAGGGUUUGCGUCGGUGUGUUGGUUGGCAGAGAGAGCUUGUCAAAAAAAAAACCCUCUGACAGAAGGCAUGAUUCACAGCAGAGCCAGAGAGAAGCAGAGAGGGAGGGAGACAAGCGACAGAACAACAAACGGCAGGAAGAGGUAGAGAAGGAAGGGAUGCAGGAGAGACCCGAGCAGAAAGGAUGCUGAUGAUGAGAGCGCAUCGCCAGGAUGGAGCUACAAGCACUACUGCUCCGGAUUCACCCAGUUAUUCCCCGACUGCGACCAUGUUGAUCAGGAGCCAUUAAUCAUCAGAGCCCAGCAGAAUGCACCUCGCAGGUCCGGCUGGAUCCCACCGUCCGUCCAACUGGCUGUUUUCUGUUGAUUUGUGUCAAACGGACAAACGCUCUGCUGGAAGGACAUUUAAUUGGCUCUAAACAGAACAAUAAACACAAUGCUGCCAUGAUGUGAGGAGAGUGGGAGGGAAGAUGAGCUUCCAAAGUGAAAAUGGCUGCUUCUGUUUUUUGUUUUUGUGCUUUUUGGAUCUAAUUGGAAAAUGAUUCUUCAGUUUGAACUUCAUGGUGUUUAUGAUGCUCUUCUGACAUGGAGUCUUCGACAGAAGGACGUUUGUUGAACUUUCAAGCUUCAAUGGGAAGAAUCUUCUGACCCCUCCAGAAAACAGAUGGGACAUUGUUAAGUUGUGAACUGGAGAUUUUUAAACAGGGACUUUGGUUGAUGUCUCAUACGGUCUUCCUGAGGAACGCUGCUGCACGUCUCGCACAGUCUGCUGUAGUUUGAAAAACAUUUUUACCCAAAUUCAGUCCAGAAAAAGACCUCACAAUUCGCUCUUCAAGCUGUAGACGUGCCUCCCACCAACCCCCCCCACCAAACAUGGGCAAGCCUCUCAGCCGUCCGGGGUGUUUCAGGAAGAGCUCCUGCUGCCUGGAGAAACACGGCCUAGGGGAUGGGGGAGUGGGAGGCCGGGAUUUGGGGAUGGAGGGGGGUUAUGGGGAUGGUUACGUGCCUCAGAGAUCCAUUUAUGACACCAUGUGCAUCAACCAGCAGAUUGACAACCAUCACCACCACUCUGGGGGGUUGGUGAGGCGGGAUGGAGGUGGAGACGGGAGCUUUAGCUACUCCAUGAGUGGCUCUCUGAGAGUGAGCAGGUCAGACAUGUUUGAUCCUCAGCCACGCUGUUUGACUCCAAACCCGUCCUUUGUCCAGCGCCUGGAUGAGAGAGCCAUCUAUGACUCCCUGAAGCUGGGAGCAGAGGACAUAGAUGGCUGUCACCCUCAGGGCCAUUUGAACCGAUCCGUUUCUCCCUCCGUGUCCUCAUUCUCUGCACCAGGAGUGUCCUCCUCAUCAAAGAAACACCACAAUCACCACCAUCACCAUGGAGACAGCACAAAAAGCAGAGAGAGCCGUCAUUCCUGGAAAGCAAUGUCAUCUCCAAAGCCCUUGGAGUGUGUGGAGAUACCUACGCCAGAGAUGAUGGACAGAGGAGGAGGAGGAGGCUAUCUGAAUCCAGGCCACUACCCUGCUGCAGGCCAGUCCUCCUCUCUCACCUCCCCACUCAUCUCUCCCUUCUCUGGCUCCCCUCUGUCGACAGGAUACCACACUCCCGUAUUUUUCUCUCCAGCCAAACCUCGUCCCAGUCAGAGCCAGAGCCUACGCUGCUCCCCUCCCCAUGUGAUCCAGCCAAGACAUUAUUCCCAAACCCAGAGCCUGAGGCUUUCCCCCCCACAUGAGCUCAGAAGGUCCCCCUACAGGGCCCCCCUGGUCCAACUGUCUGCUCAUGACCUGGAGCAGGACCUCAGGGAGCGAGGAAGUGGAUGGGGCCGCGGUGAACGUGACAGGGACUGGGAGAGGGAGCGGGAACGGGAGAUGGAGCGGGGAUGGGCCCAGCGAGAGUGGGAGAGGGAGAGAGAGAGGGGAAGGCUUGAAAGGGAGAGAGCCAGAGAAAGGGAGAGAAGGGAGACAUCCACUUUCGGGACCUUUGGAUAUGGCCGACCUGUUCCUCUGCGCUCCGACCGGGACUCUGUGUUUAUAGAGUCCGACCACGGUUUGGACACGACUCCUCUGCUGCUGCCCCAGCCCUCAGCCUCCCCCUCCCCCUCCCCCAGUGGGGCUCCCAGAAUGGGUACGGGAGCAGUAGGCAGGAACCGAGCUGGGUCAAAGGUCGGCCCUGAAGGUGUCGGUGGAGGGAUGUUUUCUAGGUGCGACAGCGGGAGUGUUAGUUUGAUGUUGGUGGACUGUAAGUCCGGGUGCGGGCCCAGAUUAGUCAGUGAAGUCAUAACUGGAAACAUUUCUGAAGCCGAAUUGAGGUCAGGUAACCAGGAGCACAAUCAAGCUGAAAGCUGGAACAAAUUUGACAACGGAUCCAGGUCUAGUGUAAAGAACAAACCUGAAAAGAGGAUGGGCUCCCAAGUGAAAACACGCCCUGGGGGUCGAGAUCUGGAGGGAAAAGUGCAGUCAGGGAUGGAGCAUAAAGCGGAACACAAAAGAUUAACAGAGAGUGUCGAGAAAACUGGUGGAGAUAGAGCUAGACAAGAACGUCUACCUGAACCCAAGAAAACAAGCGUCAAUGAGAAGAAUGUUGAUCCUGUUGACAAAGUUCAGUUUGAAACUACAGUCAUUCAUGAAAGCCAGCUGGAGCUUCAGCCAGCGGCUAAAAUUAACUCCCAACCAGAGGAAAAUAGGGUUGGAACAGAGGAUGAACCUGAACUAACAUCGAAUGUUGUUUUAACAUCUGAGUCCAGAGUAGAGGCUAAACCUGACCCUAAGAUUGCUCCUGUUUCCAAGUCAGGGGCAAAGCCGGAGGCGGCGAUCAGUGACGGAGGAGUGAAAGAGAGUGAGAGUGACAACCAGGCUGAAACCAAAGGGGAGCCUCAGCCAGGCUCCAUGGCAGGAGAUACACCUGAAACUGCACCUGUAGACCAGGAAGGGAAAAAGCUUGAAGACACUGACACGCCAAAAUCAAGUCAUGCUCUGAAAAGCUCCAGAUCCAAGUCCAAAUCAUCCAAGUCCUGCUCCAGGUCUCGACCAGGCACAGCCACAGGGAUGCGCCCAGGAGUGCUGAGCCCCAGAGAAAGCAAAAGGCUAGGAGACUUUGACUCAACUGCCCCACCUGAGGGCACUGAGUUCACCUGGCCUCGCAGAGUCAUGGUCCGAAAGAGGACUGUCCGUCAGGGAGGGGCACUACACAAUCUCCCUAUCCUCCCUCCACUUCCUUCUGUACUGUCAGCACUGGAGAAGAGGCAUCCACACCUGCGCCACGGUUCAGAGAACCCCUUAUCGAAUCUGAUGAAUCCCAUUGUAGGACGAUGCUCACUGAGGGAGCCGGCUCACCCGGAGCCAGGACAGGGCAGCGGUUUGGUAGGCCGAGCCUCCCUGAGGGAGCAGAACUUGGAGCACUGGAGGGUCUGCAGAGAGCAAGAGGAGCCCAGGAGGUCCAGAAGUCGUGACAAACGAGGGGAGCAGAAUAAGGAGAAGGCAGAGAAACAGGAAAAGAAAGAAAAGGAAGAGAAGAAAGAAGAACCACUGAACAAUGAGAAGGAAGCUCCAUUGGACAUCAAACAAGACAAGGUGGAGAUGAAGGUGGAGGAAAAAAAUCUGCAAAAUAAUUUGAAAAACAAGGAAAAGGAAAAAGAGACGGAUCUAGAAAUAAAGUCUGAAAAAUUGGAUGAUAUAGGAAUACAAAUUAAAGUUGGUUCAAAAGAAGUACAGGAGCAAGAAAAUGGGGCAGAAAGCAAACUAAACCUAGAAGGUGAGGCAGAUGGAAGAUACAGAACGAAUCCUGCAGUGGAAGGAGGUGUGGAGGGUUGGGACGCUGUUCUUGACAUGGUCAACACGCUUUGGGAUGACAGCUGGGAGAAACAUGAAGCAGGUGGAGAAGAUGCAGAUUCCCCUCCAGGCUCCCUGCAGUGUUGGCCUCUCCUCCGGCCUCCCAUCGGCUUUGGGGGCUCUCACCCUCCCUCCUCAGCAGCCUCUGAGCUCAGCCUCACAGAGCUGGAGAGGAGGGCCCGGGAGCUGGACUCGGACCUCGAACACCUGGAUCUAUCAGAGCCUCACAAAGAUUUAUACCAACCACCGAUGGAACCAGGGAGGGAACGAGCCGACAUGUACCAAACACAUCCUGGGCCCCAAAGAGACAAGACCCCCCUUCACACAGGAGUUUGCAGCAGAUCCCAGGUCAGUUUGGAGCUAAAUGUGAUGGCUUCCACGCCGACUGACACUGACAGGACAACGAGUGACUGGUCUAAAUCUGCCAGCACUCCCACAGUGGGACUGAGCUCCAAUAAAGAGGACAGCUCUCCAGACUCCAACCUGACACUGGAGUCUGAUUCCAGUGGCGUCUUUCUCUCCUUAUCCAAUCAGAGCCAGGAGGAUGCUGGUUCUGACAGCGACCAGCCAAUCAGUGGCUCUGAACUGGGAAGCAGCAACACAUCGCUGGAGAAAGAUGGGGAGGAUGGAGGUUUGAAGGAAUGGGGAAGAGAGGAGAGCUCAGAGCUCCAGUGGUGCUACCCGUCACUCCUCAACACUCCCUCAAAUGAAGACGUGGAUGGAUGUGGGGUUGGAGAGGAGUCAGGAUGUGCAGAGAGAGGCUUAGAUGAGGAGGAGAUAAAGACCAGGAAGAUCCCACCAGAGCAAAUUGACAUUAUGGCGUCAUUCAGUGCUAUACACAGGGAAGAGCCUCCGCCCAGGAAAAAGGUGACCGUUAUGGGAGUAGAUCCUCCUCUUCCUCUGUCUCCUUCUAAGCAACAAAUCAAACACCUUCUAAAUCCUUACCAGAAACCACUUCGAAGCUCAGGACUGGACUGUGGGGACCUGGAUCCCUUUGUCCAAUCAGAUAGCUUUGUUUAUCUAGCUGUGUCUGCAAGAUCCCCCUCCAAGGGAGAAGCUGCUGCAGAAAAAGAGAUAACUACCCAUAAUGCAAAGCAAGAUAAUGUAGGGAAACAGUUAGAGGCAAAUGUCCAGCUACCAAACAUGGAGGCCGACUCCAAGAUGGGUCACCUGGCCCCUCUGAAACCAGAGGAGGGAGACUUUCUGUGCACUGACAGCUUCGUCUACCUGGCUGCUCCAGCAUGCCUCCUGUUGGGCCCCGCAGGAACCACAACCUACAGUGGCAAGGAGUCCGACUCUGAGAGUUCUGGUUCUGGGCCGGUUGAUGUCUCAUUCCUGGGUUGUGGCUCUGUGGCAGGGGACAGUGACUGGGACUCGGACCUGUCUGACUCGGAUCCCAGUCGUUCAUCCAGAGUCUCAGCCGGGGGCCUAAAAUGUGCUGGAGCAGGACGCUCCAAGAGAGCGCCGGCCGAGUCGGACUGGGACAUGUUCGGAGAUGCUACCGAACCCGAGGUGCUGGGAGAGCUCUUUCUGGAUCAGGACAGAAGCAGCAACGGGAAAACCGGGCAGAUCACCAACAGGCCGGCAGCAGCUGAAGCUGCAACGGAAAGUUGCUCCGAGUCUCCAACCCUGAAGACGGAGACGUCCUCGGAGCAGAUGUCCACAUCAAAGAAGGUGACCUGGCAGUUCAAACCGGCCCAGAGGUCCGUCUGCACCGGAAGUAGGAAGGAGAAGGAUCUGCCUAGAUUACCAGAAACGGGUGGAGGUGACGGCCACAGACCCUCCCCUUCAUCCUCAUCAUCUUCGUCUCCGUCUUCAUCGUCCUCAGGCUGAUUCCUCAGAGGAAGGUUGGUGUAGCUCUGGGACACGGAGCUGAAAAGCACCUGAUGAUUCAAUGGUUUUUCUUUGCGUUUUGCUGCUGCAGUUGCCUUCCUCAGCCUUGUACUCGCUGCAUAAGAGUUGUUGCUUUUUCUUAGAUUAGCCGACAGAUUCUCAUCUCUACAUUAGUUCAGCUUGAUGUGAGACUCGCUGCUGCCGGCUUUUGGGAAAACAGGGUGAAAUGAUUCAUUUAAUCUUUAUUUAUUCUCUAAACUGUAGUUUUGGGGCUUUUCUCUGUUAAACUGCAUCAUGUGAACAAGCAGAAAGAGGUCGACCUUCAAACUCUGCUGCUCAUGUUUACGCUGUAUUUUAUAAUCAUAUCCAGAUUUACAGUGUAUUUAAUAGUGUUUAAUAAUAUAUUUUGAUCUUUCAGAUAUAGAUAAAUAUAUAUAUAUAAAUAUCCCAUGUACUGAAUGUUUGCAGAAGAAUGUUUUAUUCUUCAUCUAGACUCAGAUAGUGAAUGUUAUCUUGGAGCAAUAUGCCUGGAGGUUCCUGCUACCUUCCUUCUCUGAUUAUUUCUGGCAUAUUUAGCAUAAAGCAGCCGUGGGUUUGGUCAACCUGCAGGAAGCUUUGGCUGCUCAGAUCCGUCUGGGAACAAAACCUUUCUUCUUUCUUCUGAAUUCAAAUGAAAUAGAAAUAAAUCUACAUUCAGCUUCUGAUGGGUAUGAUGUGCCAUUAAUCCACAGCAACAACCUGCUGCUGGAUUGUUUCCUCCUUAGUUUUCUGAUCCACACUGGCUCAAAUGUAGGCAUACAUUAAACAGAAUCAGGACCCGCUAACUUCCGACUGGAGCUGAUCUACGCUCUGUGCUUUGGAACGUCCAGGAACAUCGGGCUGAAAGAGAGAUGUGGGUUUACUGUAGGCGGGAAGGUUAUAAGGCUGCAGGCUGAAUUCUGUUUGAAGAUCAACAUCUGCUGUAAAUAUUGAGUUCUCAAUCAACCAACCAACGUUCUGCCUUUUACUUCCCACCCUCACCUGUACUGUCCAUCUCCAGAGGACAUCUGUCAUCCCUUCAUCCACUCUCCAUCUCUCUCAGACACAAACAUCCAGAUGUUAGUGGACGAAUUCAGAGCCAAAUAUCCACAUUCUGCUCCGAACCAGAUCCCAUCAGAUGGGACGGUUCUGUUGCUGACUGGGUGAACUGGGACAGCUGGGUUCAGGGGUUAAAGGGGUGAUAGAAUGAUUCUAUAGGGUAUCUGGUCCUUCAGGUAUCUAAUAGGGUGAUAGAAUGAUUCU